CGAACAGUGUAUAGCGUAGGUUAACCUAUUAGAUCGAUAACUGCUUUGAAGCAAAACAUAUGGAACACUGUUAAGGACUUUCUGACGCAGGAAGGCAGCAUUUUCUGAAUUUGGAACCACGCCUUAGAUUGGUCAAGAUGGUGCUACUCAACCGUUUUAUCCAGCGCUUGGUGAGGAGGAAGCCUAUCGACUUGUCCACAGUCAACCAGUCUCCUCUAGCCAGGGUUUUGACACUUCUGGACCUGACAGCCCUUGGGAUUGGAAGCACCCUGGGUGCGGGUAUCUAUGUGGUGGCUGGGCAGGUUGCCAGAGAGACAGCAGGGCCAUCUGUGGUUCUGUCCUUCUUCAUAGCAGCUGUGGCCUCUGUCAUGGCAGGCUUGUGCUAUGCAGAGUUUGGUUCCAGAGUCCCCAAGACUGGUUCAGCCUACGUCUACAGCUAUGUCACGGUUGGAGAACUGGCAGCUUUUGUGAUUGGCUGGAAUUUAAUUCUCGAAUAUGUCAUUGGGACAGCAAGUGUGGCACGUGCAUGGAGUGCUAACUUUGACUCUCUCAUCAAUAACACCAUUCAGAAUUUCUUUGAGGAGCACCUGCCACUGAAAGUUGCCGGACUGUCUCCUUAUCCAGACUUUUUCUCAUUUGGCAUUACACUCCUCUUAACAGUUAUUUUAGCCGUGGGUGUGAAGGAAUCAACAACGUUUAAUAACAUUUUUACUGGGGUUAAUCUACUAGUUGUGUUGUAUGUCAUCAUCUGUGGCCUUUUUAAAGUGGACAUCAACAACUGGUACUUGUCAAAGACUGAUCUGCCUUCUAAUAACAAAUUUGGGGAUGGUGGGUUUUUCCCAUUUGGCUUUGGGGGCAUGAUGUCUGGUGCUGCCACCUGUUUCUAUGCCUUCGUGGGAUUUGACUGUAUAGCUACAACAGGAGAGGAGGCUAUUCGACCAGAGCGGAAUAUCCCACUCAGCAUUAUCCUGUCUCUGCUGGCCAUUUUCAUUGGGUAUUUUGGAAUUGCCUCGGUGCUGACUUUGAUGUGCCCGUAUUUCCUGUUGGACGCCCAGGCACCUCUUCCCGAAGCAUUUGACAGAGUUGGGUGGGGCGUGGCCAAGUAUAUCAUUGCUGUGGGGGCAGUCUGCGGGUUGUCAACCAGCUUGCUAGGGGCAAUGUUCCCAAUGCCACGGGUGAUCUACGCCAUGGCAGGGGACGGGGUCAUCUUCAGAUUCCUCUCCACCAUCAACAAACGCUUCAAGACACCGCUGGUGGCCACCAUAUUGUCAGGCUUCCUGGCAGGUGUGAUGGCUAUGUUAUUUGACCUGAAGGAACUAGUGGAUAUGAUGUCUAUAGGCACCUUGUUGGCCUACACACUUGUGGCUGUCUCUGUCCUCAUAAUCAGGUACAGAGUCCAUGUUGUUGUCCCGGAACAUCCCCAGUCUCAGUUACCUCCCAUACCUGCUUUUGAAACUUCUCCAUUGUAUAUGGAAGAAUCCUCACUGCCAGGGGCAGGGACGAAGCGUGAUGAAGACGAAAACGGUGAGGAUACUGCCCCGGGGUCAGCUAGUUUUGACAACCAUGUUCAGACCAAGGACGUGAGCAGCGAAGAGAUGUACAGAGACAGUCAGUGUCUGCUCCCUGCCGCACAAGACUCUCCCCUACAGUAUGAAUCGUCUAACCUUCUGAAGCGAUUGUUCCGCCCCCUGGCUGCAGAUCCCACACAGCAGACACAGAAACUUGUAAUAUAUUGUGUGGGGAUUGUUUCUGCGAUUAUCAUUGUCUUCAAUACACUCAUCAUCUACCUGGAGGCAUACCUGGUAAAAAAGUCAUUCUGGGCAAUUAUCCUAGUUGCUGUUGUUGGGCUAACAGCCAUCCUCAUGGUGGUGAUUAUUGCUUGUCAACCACAAAAUAAGGCCAAGGUCAAUUUUAAGGUUCCAUUUUUACCUGUCCUCCCAGUUAUCAGCACAUUUGUCAACAUAUACUUAAUGCUCAAGCUCUCAGCAGCCACCUGGAUCCGGUUUGGGGUUUGGAUGGCCUUGGGCUUUGUUAUGUACUUCUCCUAUGGAAUAUGCCACAGCUCUCUUUCCCACCCAACCCCUGCUGCUUUCUAUCAGUUCACUCUGUUAGACUCGGGGACGGACAGCGAGGAAGAGGUCGAGGAGCAGAAACUCAACUGAUGAUCUGACCAGCUAUCUAGUUUGCUUUCAUUAACUUUAAUGCAAGAUUGCUCCAUGUUUAUAAAGUAAUUUAUUGCUCAUUUUCUCAAAGUGCUACAAAAUGCAUUUAUACAUCCUCAUUGUUUUUGUUUUUUAUUUUUGAUCUUCAAGAAUGGUAUUUACAAAUUGUUAACAAGUAAAGUAGUUUUAGUCAAAUGUGGAAGAGUUAACGUAUGUAACAGGGUGAUGUACAAGCGCUAUCUACCUCCAGGCUGGAGGGAAUUUUCCUUUGCUCCAGUGGUAGAAGAGUGAACCCCAAACUCGCAGAGGUCGCAGGUUCAAAUCCCCAGCUGGUAAGCACUGUCACACUUGGCGCUGUGAGCAGGGUUGCUGGGAUGAACACUGUUUGUGUACAACUCUGCUUUCCUGUUAGUCACAGGGACGUGACUAAGAAAACUGGGGGUGAAUGUAACAGGGUGAUAUAUAAGCGCUAUCUACCUCUGGGCUGGAGGGAAUUUCCCUUGAGUCUAGUGGUGAUUUCAAACCCAGAGAUUGCUGGUUCUGAUGCUCAGCUGCUAAGCACCGUCACAUUUACAUUUCUCAUAGAUUUCAAGACAUUAAAUAAAUUAUAGAAAUGUGAGUGCAUUGUAUCUGCACAUCUUUUACCAGUUGCUUUUUGUCUUUUACAUCUGUGUACAUGCAAUACCUAAAUUUAAUUUUUGAUUUGGAUUUUGAAUGUGAAAAGUACUUCCAUGGAUUUGAAGACAACAAGAUUGUUACUUAUGUGCACCUUAUUGCAAGUGGUUCACGCUCAAGAUUGAUUGGAACAUUUGUCACAUCAAAACAGUUGAAAUGUACACAAGUACAAAAGGUUAUUCUUUUUUAUACUGAAUACGUGUUUUGCAUAAUAGGCUACUACUGUUGGAGAUGGGAUAUUUUCUUACUUUUGAUAAAAUCUGCCUUCUGUUAUACAUAUGAAGAUUUUUAAGACACAGAUAUAAACACAGGAAUCAAAGGUAUAUGUUUAUCUGUGUUCAAAGAAUUAUGCACAAAAGCAAAAACAAAGGUGCAAAUCAAUGCUUCUGUGCUUGGGUGAUGUGAAUAAAAGGGAGAUAAAUCCC